AUGUCUCUGCGCGCUGAAGACGAAGAGACGCGAGUAAUAGACGGCGUCGCUGGCGGGGAUGUGCCCGCUGCAGAGACUUCAUGGCAUGUGGUCAAGAGAGGAAAGCGCGACUUUGACUUGCCCGGAGCGGGCUGUGGCACAGGGGGGUCCCGGCGCCCGCAAAUGAACGGCCAUGCUAGAGAGGCCGGCGGAAUCCCGCCCACGAAUCUGAUGGAUGGUGGUGAUGAUGCUGGGACAAAGAGCAUGACGAUGAUGCAGCUGAUGCAGACAAUGGCAAGACAGGACCCGCCCGACGCAACACAGACGCAACGCAGAUGCAAUACCUCUCUGUGCGGACAGGCCAGAUGA